GUCGGCGCAUAAAACUGUUAAACACUGAAAUGGGCUUUUCAUAGUGGUAAGAGUGGGAUCGUUAUCUAAAAACACCUCAGAAGCACAGAGAAAUGGAGGAACUAUUUACACCGCAAUUAAUAUCCUAAUGAAGAGCAACAGCGGUUGGAUCAUUUGGGGAAACGCGCUCAUGAAGGAAUUUGGCGCAACAAGUCGCAAGAAGGAUGCCAGCAGUGUAAACUUAAGUAGAAGUUUCUAAGAACUAAGAAAUAACAUAUUAUUUGCUAACUUUAUCUUCAAGGUUAGAUGUUUAUUCUUGACGCAAGUUUUGAGAUUGGCAUAGUUUAAAUGUUUUGCAAAGGUUAGCGCGAGUGGUACUUGAAAUUGCAAUUUUUUGAAACAUAAUUUCUUGUUAGAAUAGAGUUUUUUCUUCUCCUUAUCCACGCACCGCGAUGGCAAAGUUCAAUUUCGCACUGUUUGCAUAUCUUAUUGUGGCGGGACACUGUCUAGCGGUUUUCGCUCAGGCCAAACCUGAUCCACAGCUACGGCAGGUUUCCCACGACGUUCCCUCGGGACCCACCCCUGCCACCGCAAGACCCGGAGGCAGCAGAAACACUUUCAUGGGUCAAAACAUGUCCAUUCCUCGGCGGCCUAGACUUCCACCGCUUCCAAUGUGCACAGGACCCACAGAAAUCCGCGACACGUUCAAGUACAUUAACACGGUGGUGUCCUGUCUUGUGUUUGUCGUUGGGAUAAUUGGAAAUUCCACGUUGUUGAGAAUAAUCUACAAAAACAAAUGCAUGAGAAACGGACCUAACAUCCUUAUCGCCAGUCUGGCUCUUGGAGAUCUGUUACAUAUAGUGAUUGGCAUCCCCAUCAAUGUUUACAAGCUUCUGGCAGAGGACUGGCCAUUUGGAGUCGGAUUCUGCAAACUGGUCCCGUUUGUGCAAAAAGCUUCGGUUGGAAUUACAGUGUUGAGUUUGUGUGCACUGAGCAUUGACAGGUAUCGAGCCGUGGCAUCCUGGAACCGCAUAAAGGGUAUCGGCGUGCCCAAAUGGACCGCCAUCGAGAUCAUACUGAUCUGGGUUCUGUCCAUCCUCCUGGCAGCUCCGGAGGCCGUGGCCUUCGACAUGAUCACGAUGGACUACAAAGGGGAGCAUCUGAGGAUCUGUCUGUUGCAUCCCAUGCAGAAAACAGAGUUCAUGAGGUUUUACAAAUCAGCUAAAGACUGGUGGCUUUUUAGCUUCUACUUCUGCAUGCCACUGGCCUGCACAGCCCUCUUCUACACACUCAUGACCUGUGAGAUGCUACGCAAGAAGAACGGCAUGCAGAUUGCCCUCAGUGACCAACUCAAGCAGAGACGCGAGGUGGCCAAGACAGUGUUCUGCCUGGUGCUGGUAUUCGCUCUGUGCUGGCUCCCUCUGCACCUGAGCCGCAUCCUCAAGCUGACCAUCUACGACGAGGGAGACCCCAACCGCUGUGAACUGCUCAGUUUCUUUCUCGUUCUGGACUACAUCGGCAUAAACAUGGCUUCUGUGAACUCUUGUAUCAACCCCAUCGCUCUUUAUAUGGUCAGCAAGAGGUUCAAGACCUGCUUCCGGUCAUGCCUGUGCUGCUGGUGCCUGCCCCCUGAGAUGCUUUCCAUGGAUGAGAAGCAGUCCUGCAUGAAGCUCAAGCCCACAGACCGGGCCUCGGAGCAGAGCAACUCCCGUGUCACCAACAAGUACACCUCUGCCUGAGCACGACCCCCCUCAUGCCCCCACGAACCCCCCGCCCUGUGUCACCUCCAAAGUCCAAAGGCACUUCACUGACUCCAGACCUCUUCAAAAAGGCUCUUGUCCAUGGUGAAGGUCAUUUCCCCCACCCCCCCAUUCCUUGACCAGACUGACUAUGGGAACAUUGGAGGUGGGAUUCCUCACCAUUGCCACCAAUACCAAAGAUCCUCUACAGAAAUGUAUACUUAAAGGAACUUUAAAGCCUUAUUUUUCUAGUACUCAGAACCUGGGAAAGGAGGGAGUGAUUGUGUUAUCCUCAGUGGACCGAUGUUAACAACACAACACAAGGUCAGGUAUCGUUUAAACUAAGUUUGUUUUGUUACAUUUGGUUACAAUGAUGGGGAGCUCUCGGCAACAGUAUUGAUCUCUGUUUUGACCGCUCUCUGUGUAUGGAAUGUGUUAUAGUAAUAUUAGUAUAUGUUCGUGGCUCUUUGCUUGUGUUGACUGAAGCAGGGAACCUUUGGGCCAUAUGUUGGCCUCUAGCUGUUUUAGAUAUUGCCGAGUUAUGAUUAUAAAGACAGCUGGAGAUUUGGGUCAGAACUACAGAUAUACGGUUCUUUCCUGGGGCAUAUGAACCAUAAUCUUGAUUGAGUGAUCAAGUUGUUGUUACUACAAGAACUAUAUGUUCAGAAGCACUCAAUCUGCUAUGUUCUCUAUACUCUACUGAUUUAUAUUCUGAUGUUUUUGUCAAACCAUAAAUUAUGAAUUAUAUGUCAUAAUAAUGAAUCUAUAUUAUUAACAGGCUGAGGGCCCUAUUUAUCUGAAGAGCUCCUCGAAUAUUUGCCAUAAUCACCACAGACUUCACAAUGUAUAGAUGUUUUGUGAGUAAUUCUUGCCAAAGACUAUAGGUAAUCAGGCUUUAGGUUAUGUUGUACAGAGUGCCAAUUUCAUUAAAUGCCUCAGGACAGCCACAUACUGACCCAAAGGCCUCCCUAUGGAUCUAUAGUAUCUGACCUGCAUUUGUAGUACCAACUUAAGUAGGGAAUUAAGGAAAUGUUUAUUGGAUGUGGAUAUGCACACUAAAAACAUAUGGGGAGGGUGCAUUUUCUUUAUGAAAUGUUUUACAUAGGUUUUUGUAUGCACUUUUACCAUGAGAGCGUAAAAUUCAUUUAUACUGUGUGGGACACUGUGGUUCCUUUAAAUGGCAGCCAUGUUUAAAGCAGGGCAGACACUGUGCAAAUUAUUUUUGCUGUGUACGACAUGAUAAUUCACAUUAUAUGUUUCAAUCUGUCACGUUUGCUGUGCUCACGCUGCCAAUACAGCUGACAAAAAGUUCUGGCAUGCCAGAAAUCCAACCCGAUCAGUCCGGAACUGGAACACUGAUUUUUACAUCUUUUAAUCGGGCGUCAUAAGCCUGCUGAAAACUGCACAACAAAACAGACAGGAAUUUGUUCCGAUUCUGAAGUUUGUUGGGUCCAACUGAAUCGGGGGAUGGGACUUAAAUUGUACAGUGUCUGUACAUAAGUUUGUCUAGUGCUGUCAAAUCGGUGACUUUUAAUGACCUUCAAGCAAGAUUUGAUGAAUUAUUGAAAAACUAAUUUAGAAUAUUUUAUUUCAAUUUUGAGAAAAUAAUAGUAGCUCUUAACUGUUUAAAUAAAUAUAAGACUCUACUUUAAAAGUAUCAUAUCAUAAUUGUUCAAAAAAACCAUAAACUUUUGAUGUCAUGAUAAAGUGUAUUAAGAGUAUAAAGAGUAUUUCCAUGAUAAGAAGCCAUUUGUCAUAUCAGUUACCUUUUGAUGUAUGUUUGAAAAGAUGGUUACACUUAACUUGAAUAGUCCACCCACAGACUGACUAUACAGAUGCUCAGAUUAUCAACAAACUAUCUGUUGACUACAGUUUAUGAUUAUGGUUAAAGUUAGGGGUUCAGUAACUGUUCAAGAAUAAUUUUACAUAUUGAACCUGAAUCUAAACCAAUUAUCUAUGAGCAAAUCUGAACCAAAGUCUCUGUAAACAGACUAUCCAAGUAAAGUGUUACUGAAAAGUUACUGAUGUAUACACUUGUGUCUAUAAAGGGUCACCAUUUUAUAACUUGUCUGCAAAUACAAGGACAUUCUAUAGAAACAAAGCUUUACAUUGCUCUUACCAAAAACAAAAUAAAACAAUAAAAAACCAAAGCAACUGCC